AUGGCCAAGUCUAAAAACCACACCACCCACAACCAAUCACGAAAAUGGCACAGAAAUGGCAUCAAGAAACCUAGAUCAUUGAAAUAUGAGUCUCUGAAAGAGGCUGACCCCAAGUUUCUGAGAAACAUGCCCUUUGGCAAGAAAUACAAGAAGAAGGGGCUGAAGAAGAUGCAGACCAACAAUGCCAAAGCCAUCAAGGCCCUAGCAAAGGCCAUCAAGCCCCUGAGCACUAAGGCCACAAAGGCCAAACUCCUCAGGUCCAAGAUCACCAAGGACAAUGCCCAGCACACCAGCCACAAGAUGGUGACCAAGCAUCUAGGCACUAGGGUUAGCACCAAAUGCCGCAAGAUCUUGAAGUCUGGCUCUAAGGUUUCCAGAACCGCUAACCCUAGAGGCACCAAAUCUGGCUCCAAGGCCACCAAAUAUAACACCAAGGUCACCAAGUCUAAACUCAAGGCAGCCAAAUCCAAUCCCAAGGCAGCCAAAGUCCCCAAGUCUGUCUCCAAAGUUACUAAAUCUGGCCCUAACACCACCAAAUCUGGCUCUAAGGCCAAUAAGUCCACCAAGUCUGGCGGUAAGAUCAACAAAGUACGUAUAGUCACCAAGACUAACUCCAAAGCCACCAAUUUUGAUUCUAAAGUUAUGAAAUCCGGUGAUUCCAAGGCAGUUAAGGCUGCCAAGUCCAUCAACUCCAAGAGUACCAAAGCAAAAGCUGCUGGGGCUAAAGCUGCUAGUCCUAAGCAUUCAAAAUAG